CUCCCCUUGUGCCGAGAACUAGACACACUUGCACGCGCCUAGAGACAGUAGAGCGUGUUCAGCAGCAGCGCGAGCUCGGCACACGGUGUACGCGCGAGGCUAGAACGCGAGCUGUAUCUCUAACUGUAGACUUUAAUGAGAAACCUAAUCAUUAAAUAUCGCACGCGCUGGACCGAACACUGGCGCGCGAGGAUUAAACAUCGACCGCGUUGUGGCUGUGUGCGGUUUGGCAUGCUCGAGGAUCAACACGGACAGAAUUGAACUCCUGCUUUGUCACAAAGAGGAUUCAAUGAAAAUGUCUGUCUGCGUCCAUGAGAACCGCAAGUCCCGAGCCAGCACCGGCUCCAUGAACAUCUACCUUUUUCACAAGUCCUCGUAUGCCGACAGUGUUUUAAUGCACCUGAAUGUCUUGCGGAAGCAGAGGCUCUUCACAGACGUCCUGCUGCACGCAGGCAGCCGCUCCUUCCCGUGCCAUCGUGCUGUGCUGGCUGCUUGCAGUCGGUAUUUCGAGGCAAUGUUCAGUGGCGGGUUAAGAGAAAGCCAAGCCAAAGAGGUGGACUUCCGAGACUCCAUACAUCCAGAGGUGUUAGAACUGCUUUUGGAUUACGCUUACUCAUCCCGAGUAGUCAUCAAUGAAGAGAAUGCUGAGUCUCUGUUGGAAGCAGGUGAUAUGUUAGAGUUCCAGGACAUCCGUGAUGCUUGUGCUGAGUUCCUGGAGAAGAACCUUCACCCAUCCAACUGCCUUGGCAUGCUACUUUUGUCCGAUGCCCACCACUGCACCCAGCUGUCCCAGCUUUCGUGGAGCAUGUGUCUUAGUAAUUUCCCAGCCAUCUGCAAGACAGAGGAAUUCCUGCAACUGCCCAAAGACAUGAUAGUCCAGUUGCUCUCGCAUGAAGAGCUGGAGACCGAGGAUGAGCGUUUGGUCUACGAAUCUGCCCUUAACUGGGUGAACUAUGAUUUGGAACGGCGACAUUGCCACUUACCAGAGCUUUUGCGCACUGUACGGCUAGCCCUUUUGCCAGCCAUCUUCCUCAUGGAGAAUGUCUCCACAGAGGAGCUCAUUAACUCACAAGCCAAAAGCAAAGAGCUGGUGGAUGAAGCAAUCCGCUGCAAGCUCCGUAUACUGCAGAAUGACGGUGUGGUUAACAGUCCUUGUGCCAGGCCCCGCAAGACAAGCCAUGCCCUUUUCCUGCUAGGUGGUCCCACCUUUAUGUGCGACAAGCUGUAUUUAGUGGACCAGAAGGCCAAAGAAAUCAUCCCAAAGGCAGAUAUCCCCAGUCCAAGAAAGGAGUUUAGUGCUUGUGCUAUUGGCUGCAAAGUCUAUGUGACAGGUGGUCGGGGCUCAGAGAACGGUGUGUCCAAGGACGUUUGGGUGUACGAUACCCUGCAUGAAGAGUGGUCAAAGGCAGCUCCCAUGAUAAUAGCUAGAUUUGGACAUGGUUCAGCUGAACUGCGCCACUGCCUGUAUGUAGUUGGAGGUCAUACGGCUGCAACGGGUUCUCCUCCAGCCUCUCCAUCUGUCUCGUUGAAGCAGGUGGAGCAGUUUGACCCAGUUGCCAACAAGUGGAGCAUGGUUGCACCGCUACGUGAAGGCGUUAGCAAUGCAGCAGUAGUCAGCGUAAAGCUUAAGUUAUUUGCCUUUGGAGGAACAAGUGUAACCCAUGACAAGCUACCAAAGGUCCAGUGUUAUGACCCAGUUGAAAACCAAUGGACUGUCCCAGCAUCUUGCCCACAGCCGUGGCGUUACACAGCAGCUGCUGUUUUGGGGAACCAGAUUUUUGUCAUGGGUGGUGACACUGAGUUCUCAGCUUGCUCUGCCUACAAAUUCAGCAGCGAGACCUACCAGUGGACUAAAGUAGGUGAUGUUACAGCUAAACGAAUGAGUUGCCAGGCUGUAGCCUCCGGGAACAAACUGUACGUAGUCGGCGGCUAUUUUGGAACACAGCGCUGCAAAACGCUAGACUGCUAUGAUCCCACACUGGAUGCCUGGAACAGCAUAACCACUGUACCCUAUUCCUUGAUCCCCACUGCCUUUGUUAGCACCUGGAAACAUCUCCCAGCCUGACGGCUGCACAUCCCCUGACCUAUCUUCAUCUUUCCAGACAUCCUGUGUGUGAGGUACUGGAUUCCAGCUGUGACGAUUUCCUGCUUUCUGUGCAAUUCCAUCAAAAGACUUCUUCUACCAUCAAAAGCUCAACGUUAAUAUUGAAGAUAUCCAGCAGUGCAGCUUUCACUGGUGUUUUUUUUUUUUAUUGUGUGCUUUAAAGUCUUUAUGUUAGGGGAAUCUUUCCUGAAACGUUUCCUUGACAUUUUAUUUUUGAGUCUUGCGACAUUGUUUGCCAUGACAACCAAAUGAACCUACUGCUAAUCUGAACACAGCUAAUUAGCGCCUGGCAUGUUUUCUUGUCAUAUCUAUGUGCCGGCGUGUACCCACUAUUUUGUUCUGGGAUGAAAAUAGAGUGUAAGCUUAAUUACUUUUCUGUGCAUCUUUCUUGCAAGAAGAACUUAUACCAGUGGGACUGAACAGGAGAGAGGCAGGGCACAAUAGACGGAAGAGCGAUUUCUGAAUGAAAGCAUGAAGAUGCCUUCUUAAUAUAUAUUUUUCAAAUAUUUCACUGUGCUCUCCUGCUAUCAUGUUGUGCAUUUACACUUCAGAAUUGUAUGGCAGAGAAGGAGAACUGCUUAUUUAUCCUAUGAAGGCAUAUUUUUAAAAAUUAUUCGCAGACAUGAAACAGAGACAUUUUGUCUGUCUCUCGUGUCAGACCUCCUCAACCUGGUGUGAAAACUUGCUGUGAGAAGGCAUCCAGACAAGAACCACACACCAGAUGUGUUCGUGUAUGUGUGUACGUGAAAAAAACCAGCAUGUCCCAGCAUGUUUGAUCGUACUAUAUUAUUCAUUCUUCUUCCAAAAAGUAAAAAAAAAAAAAACACCAAAAAAAAAACUUCGAGCAUGUCCACUGAGACUUGGAUGGAUGAUGAGCAUUUUAGAAAGCAACUGUCUUUUUCUCGACAGGGACACUGUCAUUUUGUCAACACCUCCUAAUGACUAGACAAGAGAACUCAUUGGUGUAAAGUUAGCCUGCGUAACUUUGUGCUGAGUGGUUCUGUUCUCGCACGUACAGCCUCAAUAUAAAUGUGAAAGUCAGAACGAUAGAAAGAGAGAGUAAGGUGAGAGUCGUUCUGUCUGCUGGAGAGGUAAUGUCUCCAUGGCAACAACAACGAACAACCUGAACUGAAAAGAGAGCAGUGUCUAUUCAUAGUCUUAAUUUAUAAGCUUUAUUUUACAGUUGUGUGUGGUUUUUUUUUUUUUAUUAUUAAUUUGAACUGUGUAUGUUUAGUUUUGUAUUUAUUGAUAAAAAAGAUGCUUGCUUACAUAUCGAGCUGUACAGAUUUCGCAAGUGUUUUGUGCUACGCAUGGCCCGUACUGCUUUGUGUUACAUACAAACUGCUCUUUUGCACACGUCUACUUCGUAGUGGCGCAGCCGAAUUUGUAAGGGUCAGAGAAUCCUGGACCUCUGGUUGGACUGACCUGAAAGCAGGCAGGCUUGAGGUCUGAGGUCAUCACCCGGAUAAGAAAGGGAGGAAUGACAUUGUAAGAUCAGAUUACCCAGAAUACAAUGGAGCAGUUGGUUUGGGAACCCUUGGGGGAAGGGCUGGGGGUUAAGAAUGCAUACUGUGACCUAUUGCAAAAGAGAGAGAAAAAAGUUCUAGUUGUGGCCCAGGGACUUUAGGAUCAAAUGUAAUGGUGUUUAAAAUUCAGGAAUUCCUAUGCUUACAGUAUGCAGUUACACCAAAACAUAUAAAUGAAGAAACAUUUACUGAAGACGCAAAAUGACUCUGAAUGCAAAACAAUAAAAAAGCUGCAAUAAUACUAAUAAUGCACCAUUCAACUGCUGUGUUUGGUUGAAACCUUGGCCUAGGUUGACUGCACAGUAUCGAAGCGUGGCCACUUGCUAAUAAUGCUUUGUCAGUGUCAGUGAUAGUAGAACUUGGUGUCAGUCUAAUUUGAUAUGACCGAUAAAGACACCAUGGCAUGCAGCGAGAAAUCUGACAUCAGCAGCUGCGGCGCAUAAAACAACUGGACCUGUCACAGAUGUCCCUGAGCACAGUGACAGGUGUUAAUUAUUAUUAACACCCUCGAGAUAGACGUUUGCUCUUUUUUUUCCUAUUCAAAGUCUUAACUAAGCGUUGUAGGAGACAUUGAAACAAUCCUUAGACUGCUGUUAAAUGUCUUUCCUACCAACAUCUGUAAAACAAAAGAGUGGCAUUGGACUAUGAAUUUACUUUUCCUCAGGGUUUACUGUAUUUACCAGUCCUACGUGUUAUGAAGGGUUUUAUUUUGUGGCUACAUUCAGUGACUAAUAUUAAACUGUGUUUAUUAUUAAGGCGGUGGUGAUGAUGAUGAUGAUGAUGAUGAUGCUACAUUCCAAAGGUCACACGCUGUGUUUGUACUUAAGUAUCACAGAAUAAAGCAAUGGAAAGAAGCUGUAGAAUAACAAGUCAGACAUAAUUGUGAGCACAAUUUACAAUUUGUGAAGUGUGAAGAGGGUACGAAUAAGCUUAUGCAUUUAUACAUUGAAGUUAGCAGUUCUGUAUGCUUUAUUUAUCACGCGAAAUGCCUGCUUUAUAGAAGAUCUCGGGAGGGAUAGGUUUGACUUCAGUUUCGUAUAGAACGCAUGACGAGAUUGGAAAGAAAGAGGUCGAGCCUCACAUUCCUUCCCCGAGCGUCUUCCUUUCCACCUUUUUUCAGUGUAGUGCUGCUUUAUCCUGCUGCCUUUAAAGCUUUCAGAUCUAUGCUUAAACAGAAAGCCCUCUCUGUUUUUUUCCGGCACACUGCACACGCAAACCUCCAGCUAAUCAGAUAGCCCGUCCUUGCCUCGUCUCAAGUAGCGUUUCCCAGGCAAUGGUCAACAAUUCCCCUCCUCCCGUUCCACAACUACACACAGCGUUUGAACUGGUAGCUGUCAAGUGUUUUGUUUGUCCUCACUCCCCCCCUCCCUCUUUCUCUCCCACUGACCCUGUUUUCCCCGACUCGAAGAUCAAGAGCCGAGUCGCAGGCUUGCACGUGGCAUAAAACUCUUAAUCAUUGUCUGCCUUUGUCUGUCAACACUGUCAAUGUUGGGCUGUAUUGUUCUAUUCUGUACGUUCUAGUAUGUUUUGUUAUUCUGUUGUCGCUCUGUCACAACCACGGCGGUUAACGUUAUUUUGUACAAGUGAUUUUUUUCACAAUGUGAAAUUUAUGGUGAAAUAAAACAUAAGAGUUUUUUCCUCUUGAUUG